GGAGAGAGAGAGGGAGAGAGGGAGAGAGACAGAGGGAGAGAGAAAGAGGAAGAGAGAGAGGGCAGAAGCCAGGCUCCCGCUGAGAAAGGGUGCUCCCGGGGGACAGCUCUCCGAGCCCACGGCAGAGACGGUCUCUGGGUCUGGACGGUCCCCUGUGCCCAAGGCAGAGGCAAACUCUUCUUCCCAGAAUGGAUCUGGCUGUGCUGACGAUGUGGCUCCUGUUUGUCCUGGGCAUGAGCGGCGGGGUGGCAGGCUUCCCCGUGUACGACUUCGAUCCGGCCUCCCUGAGGGACGCCCUGGGGGCCUCGGUGGCCAAGGUCAACGAGCAGUCGCUGAGCCCGGUUCUCUUCCGGGCCGUCCGGAGCUCCCUCAGGAGAGUGAACGUCCAGGGUGAGGACAGUGUCACGCUGGAGCUCGAGUUCCGCAUCCGGGAGACCGUGUGCAGGAGAGACUCGGGCGCUGAGCCCGACACCUGUGACCUGCAAGGGGGCCACCGCGAGCAGGCGGCGGAGUGCAGGAGCACCGUGCAGAUGUCCAAGGAGCAGGUGCGGGGCGUCUGGGUCCGCUGUCACUGGGCCUCCAGCUCGGAAUCCAGCAGCGAGGAGAGAGUUUUUGGGGACUCACUGGGAUCCUUUAAAUGGAGAAGACAUUAUCAACCUGGUCUCUUUCCGGACCAGUUGCAAAGUGGAUACAUUCCUGAGCGGUCCCACGAGAUCACCAGAAGGCUCUUCCCUCCUGGGAACAGAAGGUUCCAGAACCAGCAGUUCCGAGCCAGGAUGAACGGUCGCUCCGAGUAACUAACUACCUGGAGAUUGGAGCUAUGCCUUAUUCAAUUCCGUAACCUCGAAUCAAGACUUGAGACACAUUUUCAUUGAUCAGACAGAUGAACGCAUGAAAGAAAGAAUGGGUGUUCACAGUCAGCCCUGUGCCCUUGCCACCUUCUCUUCUGACCUGGCGGGUUCUUUGCCCGCACGUAGACCAGCCCGAGUCCAGUCCUGGCUGCAGCCUUUCCCCCAGGACCCUCGGGUUUUUCACUGGAGGAGACUUGAGCUUCUUUCUGUGGCCUCACCCCAGCUGGCCGCGCUACAGAUGCUCUGGUCCCUGGGUCCAGGCUGGGUGAUUUUUCCAGAUCCGCAGCCUCCAGAGAGAAACGUGGGACUCAGAACUGGGGGGUCUCACUUCCUUUCCUUUCCUUUAACAGCAAAAUGCAUCAGAGAACUAGAAGGAGGCCUGAGCGACGAUACUUCCCGAGCUGUGUGAUUUUCCUCUGGGCUUGCUCCAGUCCAAAAUAAACCCCUCCCUUUCCUCUUC